AUGUCCUUCAGCUCGAAAAGAGAAAAAGAUGGAGGAUUUUAUUUUAUAUCCGCUGUUAUUGGCCAAUUAUUUUCACAACCUGUUCACUUCUCUGCAUCAUUUUUUGAUCGGUACGAAAAAGAUAUGUUAUCCAUGUUCAUAACCCAGGCUCCCCCACCCCUUGGCUCCGAAAGAAAAUUCCUUGACAACCUCGGGUCAGAAUAUCCUGCCACUUUUACGAAUCUACCGAGUAAGGAUAUUGCUAUUGAGAUACACGAGAUUCCUUCAGGCAAUACCUACCGAAGUAGAUGGAUGUAUUAG